AUGCAGGACGUAACAGGACAUGCGGAGUGUUUUGGACCUGCCAUGGCGCUACUCAACCUCAGCGCUGCUACGACUAAGGAUUAUACUGGAGAGCUCAUGUCUUUCACUUGCGUGUACGUGGGAAGUAAGUCAAAUAUUUACUUUGGGGAUUCCACCUCCGCGACAGCCGUGGCUUCCCAGAACUACCAGUACAUCUGCAUCGGUGUCCUGACGUCGACCGCAAGCAGCAGCACCACGCGCAGCAGACAUGCGGAGUGUUUUGGACCUGCCAUGGCGUUGCUCAACCUCAGCUCUGCUACGACUAAGGAUUAUACUGGAGAGUUCAUGUCUUUCACUUGCGUGUACGUGGGAAUUACGUCAAGUAUUUACUUUGGGGAUUCCACCUCCGAGACAGCCGUGGCUUCUCAGAACUACCAGUACAUCUGCAUCGGUGUCCUGACGUCGACCGCAAGCAGCAGCACCACGCGCAGCAGCAGCGCAACCAGCAGCACCACCGUGACCAGCACGACGG